CAUUCAUUGCCACUAUGUUAAUCAUCAUCCUUUGAAACUCCUCUUCCCCUCUCCUCUCUACACCCCUUUCCACCCUUCUCCUAAGCCCUCUCCGCUUCUCCCUUCUAAACCAGAUUACGAUUCUCCGGCAUGGCGACAGACCCGCCGGAGGGCUACGGAGAUGACUUCCUUGAACAAAUUCUCGCGAUUCCUUCUUACAACAUCGCCGGAUGCUUGCCUGGUAAUACUACCGAUGCUAAUGCUUCUGAAACGGUGUCUGUUCAUCGUCAACAACAACAGCAGCAACCGGUGUUUCCGUUAGGUUUGAGCCUUGAUAAUGGCCGUGAAACAAUCGGAGCGUUUGCAGGGCAGCAGCAGCAGCAGCAGAGGGAGAGAGGAGGGAGCAUGAACAUGACUGGAUUGUUUCCUUCAUUUGAAAAUUUACAGUCACAUUCUCUGCUUCAUUCUGUUCCUCAGGCUUUUCAAGGGCAAUCAACUACCAGUACAGCUGUCACUGUUCCCCAUCCACCUUCUAUUCGCCCUAGGGUGCGGGCCCGCAGAGGACAAGCUACAGAUCCUCAUAGCAUAGCUGAGCGUCUACGCCGAGAAAGAAUUGCAGAAAGAAUGAGGGCUUUGCAGGAACUUGUUCCUAGCUGCAACAAGACCGAUAAAGCUGCAAUGCUAGAUGAAAUUCUUGAUUAUGUGAAGUUCUUACGGCUUCAGGUCAAGGUUCUUAGCAUGAGUAGGCUGGGUGGGGCUGGUGCAGUGGCACAACUCGUAUCUGACGUCCCCCUUGCAAUCCGUGGAGGGAGACACGAGUGAAAACGGAUAUAAUCAACCGGCAUGGGAAAACUGGUCAAACGAUGACACAGAACGUGAAGUAGCAAAGCUUAUGGAAGAAGAUGUGGGGGCCGCUAUGCAAUUUCUCCAAUCAAAAGCCUUAUGCAUCAUGCCCAUAUCACUCGCUUCACUAAUUUACCCGCCCCAACAACCCGACUCCAAUUCCAUGGUUAAGCCCGAACCGUCCGCUCCUUCUUAGACCCGUAACCCGUUUGCACGUGCCUACGAAACUCCCGUCUAUAUCAAUAUAUCUAUAAUAGUAAUAAUAAUGAUAAUUAUUAUUACCGUUUUACCCUUUUCGGAGCAAUAUGAUCUUAGUUUUGGUCCCUACCCCCAAAGUCUUCGGUAUCUCAUCCCAUCUGGAUUUGUGUUAAACCAGAUGGGAUGUUGGGAUGUUGUCCUAUCUGGUUUAUGUUAAACCAGAUGGGAUGACAUUUUGUUUUGUCCCAUCUGGUUUGGUGCAAAAUUGGAUGGGAUGGUAGUUUGGUUGUCCCAUCUGGGGUGGUGUUUUGUUUGAGGGAAAGUAUGGAAGAAAAGUAGUUUUUUACUUUUUUUAAUUUAACUUUGUAAAUUGAAAGGCGAGAUAUGAUCAUUGUGUGCAUUUCUUGUUUUGAUUUGGGAUUUUAUUUAAUUAUGGAAUUAAAAUGUAUUCUAAGAUCUUUUGAUAUGGAUAACUGAAA